UCAUAUCAUUCACACAGUGCUGCCCUCUGUGAGUGAUUUUUCGUAUGACGUCUCGUUACACACAUUAGGCUGUAGUCCCGUAGUUUUGAUGUAUCUGUAUUUAUUUCUCUAAAUAGCAAUUAUUUUCCUCAGCGUCUCUGCGAGAGUUGUAUCUUUGUCUCUGGAUUAUUUCAACUGUUAUUUUCCAAAAUGUUUUGGAAAUACAACACUACUAAUUCAAAUCACUUGGAAGCAUUACUAAGCAAACCAGAUUUGACCCUACAAGAACUCCUGGAUGAUGAGGACAUUUUGCAAGAAUGUAAAGUGCAAAACAAAAAAUUAAUCGAUUUCUUGUGUCGACCAGAAGUAAUGGAACAGUUGGUAACAUACACAACAGUGGAACCACCAGCAGAUCUGAAUGAAAAAAUAAGGUUCAAAUACCCCAACGUUGCGUGCGAACUUUUAACAAGUGACAUCCCUGCCAUAAAUGAACAUCUUGCAGCUGACGAACCACUAAGCAAGCUUUAUGCCUUCUUAGAGGGAGAGCCACCACUAAAUCCUCUCCUUGCUUCAUUUUUUAGUAAAACUCUUGGUAUUCUAGUUGCUCGCAAAAGUGAACAGAAUUGGUAUCUGUACCAGAUAACAUGUUUAAAAGUCUUGCAGUUCUUACAGUUAAAAGAAAACUGCAUUCCACUUCUUUUAAACCAUUUAGGCACCUCUGCUAUCAUGGAUUUGAUGCUGAAACUUAUUACACAGAUGGAAGGAACAGAUAUCAGACAAAACCUCAUCAAUUGGUUUGAAACCCAAAGCGUUAUACCAUCAUUGAUAGCACUUUUGAAGCCAGAUGUUGAUUCCGAACGUCAUUGUAAUGUGUCUCAACUGCUUUCUGAUGUAAUACGGAAAUCAAGAGAGAACCUAAUGAAUUCUCCAGAUCCAGAUCCUAUCCUUAUCACGUUGGAAAAACAAGAGACUGUGGCAGAACUUUUGGACCACAUGUUAAGUGGAGAGACAAAAAGUGAAUCUGGUAUUGUUGGUGGUAUUGGUGUGCUUUUAACCUUGAUUGAAGUUCCACAACCAAGGAUUCCUGAAACAACAUACACUGAUGAGACAGUACAAGUUACACAAGAGGAGGAAAUACCACCACCUUCACCGCCUGUGCCUCCUGUCGUACACACAACUAUAGCUGCCAUUUUACCAAGACUCAAAGAUUUCCAUGCCCUGCUGCUUAAUCCUCCUCAGAAACCACCCGUGAAGACUACUGUGGGAACUUUAGAUCCUCCUCUUGGAAACACUCGGUUGCAAGUGGCAAGACUAGUUGCUGCACUCAUAGCUGUCAACAAUCCUGCCAUUAAUCAAGAAUUGGCAAAUUUGGGUACCAUUGAAGUGUUGCUGGACUUGUUUUUCAAAUAUCAGUGGAAUAAUUUCUUACAUACACAGGUUGAACAGUGCAUAGCUUCUGCCUUGAAGCAUCAAACUAAAGCUUCAGGUGAAGGAGAUCCACAGGUUCAUUGUUUAGUUGAAAAUUUACUUGUGAAGUGUGACUUGUUGAGGAGGAUAUUAGAUGCCUGGGAAGAAAAUGAAGCAAACCAGUCAAAAGAGAAAAGCCAACGGCGAGGUUAUAUGGGCCAUCUAAUAAAGAUCGCUAAUCUCGUUGUAGACCAGGUGGCCAAGUGUUCUUUGAGACCAAUUUUGGUGAAACAGUUGUCACCAGAAGUUCUUGGUGUCUGGGAAGAGUUUGUUAGUUGCACCUUAAGUGAAAUAAAUAAGACGCACAAUAUUGCAUUGGGAGGAGCUCCACCCUUACAAUCUAUGGAAUUAGAUAAGGAAGAAGCUAAUUACAAACACGUUGCUUUCCAACCCGACACAUCACAAGCAUUUGCUGAUUACCAAGUGCAAGAAAUGGCACCUGGCUUUACUGAGAACUAUGGUUUUCAUGAUAAUGAAUUCAAUGAUCCUGAGGAUACUCUACACUCGUCGGUGGAUCGCCUUCCUGAGAUGUCAGUUGCUCUAAAUGAGGAUGUGGACAGACAAUAUGAAUGGUUUAAGCAUGUCUGUACAAAGAAUUUGCGGUCUCUUGAAGAUGCUGAGGAAAGUGCUUGGGAAGAUACCAACCUAGGCAGUUUUCAAACCUCUGAAAAUGAAUCUAGCCGAUGGAAAAUGGAUAAGGAUCAAAGUAGCUCAGAUGAAGAAGAGGAGGAUGAUGAUAAAGAGGAAAAUGAAAUGAGGAGGCCUACCAAAUCAGACACUAGAAUGGAUGUGGAUGUCAAUGACAUUUGGUCAUCAGGCGCUGCAACCCUUGACACUAUAGCUGAUUUCCAAAAUCCGUGGGGUUCAACGGGACCCGCACCUGUGCCGGCUGCCGAAGCAUUCGGCUCCUCAGAUGCAGGCUGGGCUGAUUUCUCUAGCUUUGAAACAAAUUUUAGCUCAAGCACACAACUUAACGACGGUCAAAAAUCUCUUGAAUCAGCAGUGUUUGGUGGUGGUGCCACUGUGCAACCUGUUUCAGAUUCUGGAGAUAAGGAGGUCCAUGAAGAGAAAUUUGAAGCUCAAGCUCAUACCAUUGAAAAAGAAUCACCUGAAACCAAAGAUUCAGAUGAACCCGAGCUCCAUGGAAGUGAGUCAAAACCGAAUUCUGCUGGCGUCAGUUUUAUGGAAGCUGAUGCUAAUGCUAACCCAACCUCCAGUGCUGAUGACGUAACUUCAACAGCUACAGCCAUGGUUGAUGAAGUAGCAACUGCUGCUGUUGCUGCAGUUCGAGUGGUGGUUGCUGAUAAAUUAGGUUUAGAUAAUCAAAGAUUUUUAGGAGUGGUUCAAAAUGACAGUGAAACAGCCGCACAAAAUGAUUCUGAAGCUGUUGUUGAUGAGCCUGUGCCUUCAGAAGAAGCAGAAGAACAAAGGGAGGUCGAGGGCACUGUUGCUGAUGAUUUAUCAAGUAAAUCUGCCUAAUUACCAACUUUUAAAAAUCUAAUCACCUCUAAGCUGAACUUGGACAUGGAUCUCAUAUGAGGCAUAUAACCAAUGAAAACCAUUCAGUGCAUAUCGCAAAUUUAUCUGUGUUUAGUAAAUGAUAUUGUGUUGUAAAUAUAAUAAAUAUGUUUGUGUUUCAUGAAGUAAUGAAUAUUUGAUAAAUGACUGGCACACUAUGUAAAGUGAACUUUAAAUAGUUCUCGCAUUCAAACUUAAUGGAUGAUAAUACUUAAGGAAAAAAAAUGGUCACCACCCUUUGGCAGUUAGUUGAGGUUAAUGUCAAGCGAAUGAAUUAUUGUACUGAGCUGCUUAUUUUGUAUGUUUUGUACUUAACAUCAAGAUCUCUUUGCUCAAAUCUUUGUGUCAGACGAAAGACCUGGAUGCCACUCUAAUCUUUGGUGUGAUAAACAACUUCUAAAUUUUUCACAAGGUGUUGUAAAGAUGUGAUUGUUUUCUAAUGUAUUAAGCUUAUCAUGAGUUACCUGUAACUUGUUAUGUAAAUCAAUUUUGUAUUACCCAAAGUGGUUUUGAUCACCUUUUUAGUACAAUACUGGUCCUGUGAAACCAUUCUAUAAACAGAAAUGGAAGUGGAAAUUUUAAGCUUUUGGAGAAUGGCAUGCUGUUAGUUAAUUCUGCUCUUAAAGCAGUGUAUUGUGAUAUGCUUCAACCUGCUUGUCUAAUGUAUUAUCUGUGAAUCCUUCUGGUACCAAAUUUGUGCUUAUUAGGUAUUAUGGUAAAAGCCCAAAAGACCUAUUUUUGUGACUCAACCUCUGUCAAGUAAGACACUAUGAGAAUAUAGCUGUACAUUUAUCUUGAAGCUCGAUAUUUACCUGUAAAAGUGAGAUUAGCAAAGCAUGGUUAUUAUACCUGAUUUUUGAAAAUGUAUUAUUUUUAUCUAUUGGAAUUGGGGAAAAAAUAUGUACCUUGUAAGGGUAAGUACAGUAUCUGACGUUUUUAAAUUAGAUUUUGUCUUGAGAGACGUUUUUCAUGAUUUUAUGCAAGUGGUCAUUCAUUCAGGAUUCUUCCAUAUUGUUUGAAAUACACUCUAAUUUGGUUUUAUUUUAAAAAUUCUUAUUCAUUUGUGUCAUUUAAGUCCUUGUGCUACACAUGCUUUUGUUCAGUUUGUGAUGGAUAUUUAUGAUUACUGUGUACAUAUUUGUUUUUAAACUUAAGUUGUUUAUUGGAAUUGAAAUUUCUGUGUUAUCAUAUUAUAUUGUAAGAAGAGUUAGGUAUUGCAUCAGUGUUGGACACUGUGUAAUCUUUCAAGCAGUCACACUCUCAUGUACUGUAGCAUUGUGAGGCUUCAUAUAUUUUUCUGUUUUGCAACCUGUUCAUCUAAAAGGUCGAGGGCUUGUAAUUUCCUAAAGUAUCCAAUUGCAUCAGAGCCCUUUAUGUUCAACUGAGCGAUUGACAGACCAAAUAAUAUUGUUUCCGAUUUUCCUUGUAACUUGUUUGCCAGUAAAUUUGACUGAAAACUUAGUGUCAAUAGUCUUAUAUAGGAAUGUUCUCAAUGGUGGUAACAAAAAUUGGUGCUGCUACACAGAGUAGCAUGUGGCGAGCAUAAAAGUAAACAGGGUAACCAUACAUUAGUCUGCUGUUAUAUAUAAUUCUAGUGAAAGCAAACAAAAAAUCCCAUCAAAACAGACUUACAUAAUGAACAUUACAGGAUCACAAUACUGUUAAAAAAAAGUAUGUACCCUUGUAUGAAAUGUAGGGUUCUCCUAAUCGUGAUGGCAUUAUAGUAUUAUAUGUCGAAGUUCUUACAGCAUCUUCCUAUGUGAUAUCAUUUUUUCAAUCAAAAGCAGUCCUUUGGUUGCCGGCUCUCAUUACAGUAAAAUAUUCUGCGAGCUAAUUUUGAAAGGUAUUGUUGGUUGGUUGAGAGAAUCUCAAGACUUAUCUUGUGAUGUUGAAUGCACAAAAGCUGUGUUCCGUGUAGAACAUUGUACAUUAAUAAACUUUAAAUUAAUGAC